GGAAAUGCUCGUAGACCAAUCACAUCUGUGUUUACACCAUCACCUGUCAAACACACACCCUCUGCUAUAUUUUCUCUCUGAAAGGAGCUGAAACACACACUCACACUGAAGCGCCUACGGUAGCCGCUAACUGGACGGACUCUCUGGCAAUUGACCUUUUGCAGUGGAAUAGCGGAAUAAAUCUUAGACCAUGAGCUCAGUGGCAGUGUUGACCCCGGAGAGCUUUGCAGAGCAUCGCAGUGGCCUGAAGGACCAGGAGAACACAGGCUGCGUCCCGGAGGAUGAGGCCUACAUCCCCACCUACCUGGAGGCCUUCCCUCCUCUGCCAGAGAAGGAGGCGCCGGGGGAAAAGGCGGGGGAGCCAGCUUCAGCGUGGGGGGGCAAGAUCAGGCCCAUCAAAGCCUCUGUCAUCACCCAGGUGUUCCAUGUUCCCCUGGAGGAGCGUCGCUACAAGGACAACAGCCAGUUCGGGGAGGGCGAGGAGGCCAAAGUGUGCCUGGACAUCAUGCAGCGCACGGGGGCCCACAUUGAGCUGUCUCUGGCUAAAGACCAGGGCCUGUCCAUCAUGGUCACCGGAAAACUGGACUCCGUCAUGAAGGCUCGCAAGGAGAUCGUAGCUCGCCUGCAGACACAGGCCUCAGCUACGGUCGCCAUCCCUAAGGAGCACCACCGUUUUGUCAUCGGUAAGAACGGCGAGAAGCUGCAGGAGCUGGAGCUGAAGACCGCCACCAAGAUCGCUAUUCCACGCCCUGACGACCCCAGCACCAACAUCCGCAUCACCGGCACCAAGGAGGGCAUCGAGAAGGCCCGCCACGAAAUACUUCUGAUCUCUGCUGAACAGGACAAGCGUGCGGUGGAGCGUCUCUCCCUGGAGAAGGCCUUCCACCCCUUCAUCGCCGGAGCCCACAACCGGCUGGUGCAGGAGCUGAGCCAGGAGACGGGCGCUCGCAUCAGCAUCCCCCCCCCCAGCCUGCCCAAGGACGAGAUCGUCAUCACCGGGGAGAAGGAGGCCGUCGCCAUGGCGCUCAGCCGCAUCCGAGCCAUCUACGACGACAAGAAGAGAAAGACCACCACCAUCUCCGUGGAGGUGAAGAAGUCUCAGCACAAGUACAUCAUUGGGCCAAAGGGCAACACCCUGCAGGAGAUCCUGGAGACCACGGGGGUCUCUGUGGAGAUGCCUCCUCUGGACUCCGGAUCAGAGACCAUCAUCCUCAGGGGGGAGCCGGACAAGCUGGGGCCGGCGCUCACACAGGUGUACGCUAAGGCGAAGAGUGUGAUGGUGGUGGAGGUGACCGCCCCGGCCUGGCUGCAUCGCUACAUCAUCGGCAAGAAAGGACAGAACAUCGGGCGCAUCACACAGCAGCUGCCACGGGUUCACAUAGAGUUCACAGACGGAGAGGAGAGCAUCAGUCUGGAGGGUCCGACAGAGGAGGUGGAACAGGCUCAGGCCCAGAUACAGGAGAUCAUCAAGGACCUGCUGGUGAGGAUGGACUACACCGAGGUCAUCAUAGAGCAGCGCUUCCACAGACACCUCAUCGGGAAGAACGGAGCCAACAUCAAUCGGAUCAAGGAGCAGUACAAGGUGUCGGUACGGGUCCCCCAGGACUCUGAACGCAGCGGCCUGGUCCGGAUCGAGGGCGACCCGAAAGGAGUCCAGAUGGCCCGCAGAGAGCUCAUUGAGAUGGUGCAGAGAAUGGAAAACGAGCGCACCAAAGACCUGAUCGUGGAGCAGAAGUUCCAUCGGACAAUCAUCGGCCAGAAGGGAGAGAAGAUCAAAGAAGUUCGAGACAAGUUCCCCGAGGUCAUUAUCAAUUUCCCCGACCCGGCGCAGAAGAGUGACAUCGUCCAGCUGAGAGGGCCGAAGAACGAGGUGGAGAAAUGUGCAAAGUUCCUGCAGAAAAUCAUCGCCGACCUGAUUGAGAAUAGCUUCUCGCUCUCAGUUCCCAUCUUCAAGCAGUUCCACAAAAACAUAAUUGGAAAAGGCGGGGCCAAUAUUAAAAAGAUCCGGGAAGAGACCACCACUAAGAUCGACCUGCCGACAGAGAACAGUAACUCGGAGAUGAUCGUCAUCACAGGCAGGAAGAGCAACUGUGAGGCGGCCAGAGAGCGAAUCCUCUCCAUCCAGAGAGAACUGGCCAACAUGAAGGAGGCGGAGGUCACCAUCCCUUCCAAGCUGCACAACUCUCUGAUUGGCUCUAAAGGCUGCCUGGUGCGCUCCAUCAUGGAGGACUGCGGCGGCGUCCACAUCCACUUCCCCUCCGAGGGGUCCGGCUCGGAUAAGGUCACCAUCAGAGGGCCCGUCGAGGAGGUGGAGAAGGCCAAGAAACAGCUGCUGCAGCUGGCUGAGGAGAAGCAAGUCAACAACUUCACAGCGGAGCUCCAGGCCAAACCAGAGUAUCAUAAGUUCCUGAUUGGCCGUGGCGGCGCUAAUAUUCGCAGAGUUAGGGACAAGACGGGGGCCCGCAUCAUCUUCCCGUCACCGGACGACACGGAGCAGGAACUGAUCACCAUUGUAGGGAAGGAGGAGGCCGUGCGUCUGGCUCAGAAGGAGCUGGAAAGCCUGGUCAAAAACCUGGACGACGUGGUGGAGGACAGCAUGGUCGUAGACGCUCGCCACCACCGUCACUUCGUGUGCCGGAGAGGCCAGGUGCUGCGGGAGCUGGCGGAGGAGUACGGCGGCGUGGCCGUCAGCUUCCCUCGCACGGGGGCCAACAGUCAGAGGGUCACUCUGAAGGGGGCCAAGGACUGCGUGGACGCCGCAAAGAAACGCAUCCAGGAGAUCAUCGAGGACCUGGAGUCCCAGGUGUGUGUGGAGGUGGCGAUCCCCCAGCGCUUCCACCGAGCCAUCAUGGGGCCCAAAGGCUGCCGCAUCCAGCUCAUCACCAGGGAGAAUGAAGUCCAAAUUAAGUUCCCGGAGAGGGACGACAGCGCUGCAGGUCAGGAUGCUCCACCACAGGAAAACGGUGAGGUCAGUCCAGAGGCGGAGUUCGUCCCCCGUAAGUGUGACAUCAUCACCAUCGCUGGGCAUGAGGAGAAGUGUGAAAUGGCUAAAGCCGCCCUGCUGGCGCUGGUGCCCAUAACGGAGGACGUGGAAGUGUCUUACGAGCUGCAUCGCUACAUCAUUGGCCAGAAGGGCAGCGGGAUCAGGAAGAUGAUGGAGGAAUACGAGGUGAACAUCUGGGUGCCGCAGCCGGAGAAGCAGCUGGAUGUGAUCAAGGUGACGGGGCUGGUAGCCAACGUGGAGCGGGCCAAACAGGGUCUGAUGGAGCGGGUUAAAGACCUGCAGGCGGAGCAGGAGGACAGGGCCCUGCGCAGUUUCAAGGUGACCAUGUCCGUAGAUCCAAAGUUUCAUCCAAAGAUCAUUGGUCGCAAAGGAGCGGUGAUUUCUCAGAUCAGGAAAGACCACGACGUCAGCAUCCAGUUCCCCGACAAAGGAGACGAGCAGCAGGAUGUGAUUGUGAUCUCGGGGUACGAGCGUAACGUGGAGGAGGCGAGCCAAGCCAUCCAGCAGCUGGUGGCCGAGCUGCAGGAGAUGGUGAGCCAAGAUGUCCGCCUGGACCCGAGGACCCACGCUCGCAUCAUCGGAGCCCGGGGCAAAGCUAUCCGCAAGCUGAUGGAGGAGUUCAAGGUGGAUAUCAGGUUCCCUCAGCCAGGCUCCGAUGAGCCCGACAAAGUGACGGUGACCGGCCUCCCUGAGACUGUGGACAACGCUGUGGACCACCUGCUCAACCUGGAGGAGGAAUAUAUGCUCAACGUGACAGAGACGGAGACCUUGGCAGCUUACAUGAAGCCUCCAUCUCGCUAUGGAGGGCCCGGUGGAGCAGGAGGGGGUGAUGACGGCAGUGGGGGUCCGGCUAAGGGCUUUGUUGUGCGGGACGCCCCUUGGAACGCAUCAGGGAACAAGGCUCCUGACAUGAGCAGUGCAGAGGAUUUCCCCACGUUUGGGACAGGUGUGGCCCCGAAGCAAACAUCCGCCUGGGGCCCCAAGAAAUUCUGAAGCCGCUCAUCCUGCAGGGAAACAAAAAAAAAAAACGUGUAAAGUAGAUGAGAGACGAAUCUCGAAUCAAAUUGCUGCUCGCCUUCCUUCCCUCCCCCUCUUUUAUAGUGACCUCCUUUUGUCUCUCUUUCUCUGUAAAGCCCUUGUACCUUCCUCCCACGACCAGCCACAAUGAAUUCUGGGAGAACUAUCCCUUCUUUCUUUUCCAUUCUGUCUCUUCCCCCUGAGAGGGGAAACAAGAACAUUGAGUGCUCUCUUUCCAUAGCUUUGCUGUCCUGCUCUGCCUCUCGGUUGCACCACCCCUGACGUUCUAGCUGAAAUAUGUCAAAGCAAAAAAUGUUUAAACUCUUCAAAACUUGCUGAAUCAGAGUGGGAUCAGAGGAAAUGGGGCUUUCAGGGGGGUGGUGAUUGUGUAUCCAAGGAUAUUUAAGCUAAAACAAAGAUGGGGGUCUGUUUUAAUGUGCAGGAAACGUUUGUAAAUGAUGACGGUUUAUAGGAGGUUUAUAUGUGGCUUAUCUGUCACUGGUGUGGUGCAGCAGGUGAGGCAAUGAGCUGUGUGUGUGUGUGUGUGUGUGUGUGUGUGUGUGUGUGUGUGUGUGUGUGUGUGUGUGUGUGUGUGUGUGUGUGUGUGUGUUGGGAGCAAAAACAGCUGCUGUAGUCACAUAACUGGAGCUUUUUCUCGUGUGUUGAUGAAUCAAAAGAUGUGGAAAUCCUUCGCCGACCGUUUGUACUGAAGGUCAUUUUGUCACUGUUUUAUUUAUUCAAAAAUGAGCCAUUUUAUUUGAACUACUGUGAACAUUCGUUUUUAUAAAAAGCCCUCACUGUAGCUUGAUGCUUACAACGUUAUGUUCGGGAGUGAAUGUCGUACGUCAGGGUUCGGGAAACAUGUUAACAGUUAUGUGGAAGUGUACAAAGAACUUUUCGCUAUUUUUUUAAACUGUCUGGGACUUUUGUUGCCGUUGGUUUCUGGCAUAUUUGGAAGUUUGUAUGUAUGUGUGCGCGCGUGGAAGUUAAGAUGUAUAUUUGAAUGAAGCUGAACCAAACUUUUA